GACGUCAUUUGUUGUCAGUUUGUCACAAAAAAGAAGCAACUUUGCAUUUUGUUGUACCAAAAAUACCACAGAGUAGUUCGUUUCGGGUACCUCUAGUUAAUUUUCGCGUCUCUGCUGUGUAAAAUGUUAUAGUUCAUAAAAUUUGGUGUUUAUACAAUAUCUAUUGAAGGGUCACGUAUUGUAAAAUAAUUAAAAAUGGGUGACAACUUCCAAAAUAAAACCAUGGCACCGGUCAUGAUGGAUUACGAUUUUAAGGUGAAAACACAGAACGAACGUUCUAAAGUGGAGGAUCUUUUCGACUUCGAGGGCUGUAAAGUUGGCCGUGGAACUUACGGUCACGUUUAUAAGGCUAGACGAAAAGAUGGCUCAGAUACAAAGGAUUAUGCUUUGAAGCAAAUCGAAGGGACUGGACUAUCUAUGUCAGCUUGCAGGGAAAUUGCCUUACUUCGGGAACUGAAACACCCAAAUGUGAUAAACCUUAUUCGGGUUUUCCUUUCACAUACUGAUCGGAAGGUGUGGCUGCUAUUUGAUUACGCUGAACACGACUUGUGGCAUAUUAUCAAGUUCCACAGAGCAGCGAAAGCUAACAAGAAAUCGGUAAUGGUGCCUAAAGGAAUGGUGAAGAGUCUUCUUUAUCAGAUAUUGGAUGGCAUACAUUAUUUGCAUUCUAAUUGGGUAUUGCACAGAGAUUUGAAACCAGCUAACAUUCUAGUAAUGGGUGAAGGUCCGGAGAGAGGCCGGGUUAAAAUUGCAGAUAUGGGUUUUGCUAGACUGUUCAAUGCUCCUUUGAAGCCUUUAGCUGACUUGGAUCCUGUGGUGGUCACAUUCUGGUACAGAGCUCCUGAAUUAUUGCUUGGAGCUAGACAUUAUACUAAGGCAAUCGACAUAUGGGCCAUUGGGUGUAUAUUUGCAGAGCUACUUACAUCAGAGCCUAUAUUCCAUUGUCGACAAGAAGAUAUUAAGACUAGCAAUCCAUACCACCAUGAUCAACUGGACAGGAUAUUUAAUGUAAUGGGAUUCCCACAGGAAAAGGACUGGGAAGAUAUUAGAAAAAUGCCUGAACAUGCUACUUUAGUUAAAGACUUUAAAAGAUCGAACUACCAAAACUGUUCAUUAAGUAAAUACAUGGACAGGCAUAAAAUAAAACCGGAUAGCAAGGCUUUUAGUUUACUGCAAAGACUUUUGCUGAUGGAUCCAAAUAGGAGAAUAACAUCGGAACAAGCUAUGCAAGACCCAUACUUUGCCGAAGACCCCUUGCCCACACAGGACGUAUUCGCGGGAUGUGCUAUUCCUUAUCCGAAGAGGGAAUUUUUGACUGAUGACGAUCAGGAAGACAAGAGCGAUUCAAAAGCCCGGCAGAAUCAGCAGCAGCAACAACCAAAUACACAGCAAAAUCAAGUACAAGCGAAUAGCCACGACCACGGAGCCAAUAACGCGAAGAGGAUGAGAAUGUCAGGUAUAUUAUACCGGCCGAAUCAAGGCAACAACGCAGGUGGCGGUGGUCAACAGGAGUUCCAUCAACAACAACAGAUGAUGUUUGGUGGGCAACAACAACAGGGAAGCUCGCAACAACAAGGCAACUUCCAGCAAAGGUUCUAAUGUAUAUCAUUGUAAUUUAUACCUUAUAGUUUAUGUAAUAUGUAUCAAAUUGUAUAAUGUAAAGUAGGAAUUGAAAAUGUCGAUUUUAAAGACCUGUGUGAAAUGUAUAAUGUUGAUGUGAAAGAAUUGUUUUUAAUUCUUGGCACAAAAUAGGUUUGAAAUCGCCACCUCGCAUGGAACAAGCGUGGUGAUUAAUUCCUUAAACCUUAUCCGUACGACUAAACGUUUUGGUUAGAUGUAGCCUCUUAUAGGCCGUUGAUGUUAUCGAUUAAAAUGAAAGCUAGUGCUAUAAAAUUCUGUUUAUCCUUUGACAAAUAAGCUCGAUAUUUAAUUGUUUGGUCUUUGUUCUAUUCUAUCACAUUGAACCUCUGUAUCUUCUACACAGGUCUUUAAAGACAUUUUUAAGGAAAGUUUAUUUGAUGGUAUUGUAGUAAUAAUUAUAAAUUUGACUUGUAUUGAGUGGGUAUUGUAGAACGAUGUCUUAUAAUUAUAAGAGAAAUGUUUGCAAAAGACUGACAUUAGUGUUUACAUCGUCAACGUAUUGUUUGAUAACACAAUAUUUUUUCCUAUUUCGUUAAGUGGCAUAGACACAAGUCUAGUCGUGUGAUUAGUUUAUUUAUUCAUUCAUGUUAACACGGCUUAAAACUUGAAACCAAUUUCAUUAACACACAGAAACGAAAAAAUUGGUGCAAACCAGAAAAAUAUUACCACGUUAAAUACCAUUUUUUGAGGGAAGAAAAUGAUCGAAUGACACCUUCCCGCCUUGGGUGUGGUGAGAGGGAGUGUCAAACUCUUACUGCUUAAAAACCACCUCGUUCCUACUUUUGCCUUGAGUUGGAGUCCCAGUAACCAGUUAAAUUAAUUAGUGUUUCGAUCGACUUGACUAGCGUUUAUGCCACUUGCCUUAGGGGACAGUUAUAAUUAAAAAAAAUAUAUAUGUAUUUCGUUUCUGAUUCCCAUGACAGUCUCAGAAUCCUCAUUGACUGAGUGGUUCUAAAGUACGACUAACGAAGAUGAGCUUUCAUGUUCGAUAGAUAUUUCUGUUCUCGUAAUUUUCUGUUUAUGACAUCGAAACUGAUAUUGUGGUUGACUACAAAAAUAACUACUAGGUAUCUACAAUUAAAAAGGGAAAGGCACCGAAUGCCUUCUCAUUUCGGACUUGUACUAAGGAUACAGAUUGUUUCUUAGAGUACAAUUACUUUAAGCUGUGCUUGUUAGAUACUCUUACCAAUUAAAAAAAAUCCAAUUGAUGAUCUGAACAGGUUCAGUAAAGUUCUCAAAUACCUAUGAUAACGAAUAUAAUAUUCCUUAGGAAAUAUUGUUUGACCAAAACAGUUAAGUCGAAUAAAUUACUAACACUAUGAAAUGUAAAUAUUAUAAUACAAUAAGUUGUAAUUUUUAAUUGUAAUAAAAUAAUUAUGAAGUACAAUAAAA